AUGGCGUCAAUACGACAGCUCUGGUCGCUGCUCUUCCACUUCGUCUCGCUCAGCGUGGCCAUCAAUUUGACGGCGAAACGGGACCUGCGUUGCAUUAUGUACUUCACUGGCCAACACCCGAUUGCACCGCCAAUAAACCAACUCCAGCAUGUGACCCACGUCGCUGUGGCGUUCAUGAGCCCUGGCAUCUUCAAUGAGCCCGAGAGGACAGAUUGGCCACUGUUCACCACCGUCAAGGAGGUGCGAGCGAAGUUUCCAAGACAUACCAGGAUCUUGGUGGCGAUUGGGGGCUGGGGAGACACCAUUGGCUUCUCCGUGGCCGCUCUCAACGAUGAAACGCGCAAGACGUUUGCCGAGAACGUAGCCAGUAUGGUUGCCGCCACGGGUGCCGAUGGUGUGGAUGUGGAUUGGGAAUACCCGGGGGGCAACGGAGAGGACUACAAGCAGGUGCCCAACUCGGCCAAGGCCUGGGAAAUCACGGCCUACCCGCUCCUGCUCGCCGACCUGCGCGCCGCCCUCGGCCCGGGCAAGAUCAUCUCAGCUGCCGUGCCCGGCCUCAAGCGGGACAUGCUCGCCUUCACGCGCGAGACGGUGCCGCGCAUCAUGCGCCACGUCGAUUUCCUCAACGUCAUGACCUACGAUCUGAUGAACCGCCGCGACACGGUGACCAAGCACCACACGGGAGUCGAGCUCAGUCUCGAAGCCGUUGAUGCCUAUGUGUCCGCCGGAGCGGCACCGCAGAAACUCAACCUCGGAUUCGCAUUUUACGCAAAGUACUUCAAGACCGAGCACAGCGCCUGCGCGCUCGCCUCGCCCGUGGGGUGCCCGACGCUGCUCCUGGAGGACCCCGAGACGGGCAGGGAUCUCGGCCGCAGCGGCGGCUUCUCCUGGCACGACUCGGUGCCAGAAGAAGUGACAGAGUCGUUCUCCCGUGCAGUUGAGAGCGGUGCGUACGACGACCAGCAGGGCGGCUUCUACUAUUGGGACGCCCUGGAAGACCUCUGGUGGACCUUUGAUACGCCCGAUGCCAUCAAGCGCAAGUUCCCUCUCAUUUUCGGCAAGAGGCGCUUGGGAGGCGUGUUCGCCUGGGGCCUGGGCGAGGACGCACCUUUGUUCAAGCAUUAUGGUGCGCUCAUCGAGGGGCUCGAGGGGCACCUGGGAGGGAGAGAGGAGUUGUGA